CGUCAGCCGACAUACGUACUCCCCUUCACCCCAGCCUGAGCUAAGGCCUCCGACCAGUUCCCGUCCACCAAUGAAUGACAUUCCGCAGCCCAUCAUCUUCCGCAACCCGUGGGCCUAAUGAAUUAGCAAUAGUUACCUUAUCGACCUGGAGAUUUCCGGUGCACAGGCAAUGUCAUCGGCAGGGAAACUUGGCGGGGUUUGUGCCUGACAGUCAGACUCUCUGCAUUCGAUCCUUCAACUACUGCAGACCCCCAUUAAACUCAUCCUCCACCACUUCCACAAAAGCCACACCCUCACCACCACCACCAUGACCCGAACAUCUCCCAACUCCUUCCAACAGCUGGAAAAGCUCGGCGAAGGCACCUACGCCACGGUCUUCAAAGGCCGCAACACCAAAACCGGCGAGCUCGUCGCACUCAAAGAAAUCGCCCUCGACACAGAAGAAGGCACACCCUCGACCGCGAUCCGCGAGAUCUCUCUCAUGAAAGAGCUCCAUCACGAGAACAUCCUCCGCCUCCACGAUGUCAUCCACUCCGAGAACCGACUCAUGCUCGUCUUCGAAUACAUGGACAAAGACCUAAAGCGCUACAUGGACACCAACGGCGGGCAUCUCGAACCCUCCAUCAUCAAAUCCUUCGCAAACCAACUCAUCUGCGGCGUCGCCUUCUGUCACAAGAACCGCAUCCUCCACCGCGAUCUCAAACCCCAGAACCUCCUGGUCAACCAUAAGGGCCAGCUCAAACUCGCAGACUUCGGUCUCGCCCGCGCAUUCGGCAUCCCGGUAAACACCUUCUCCAAUGAGGUCGUCACGCUGUGGUACCGCGCGCCAGACGUAUUACUGGGCAGUCGAAGCUACAGCACGAGCAUCGACAUCUGGUCUAUCGGAUGCAUCAUCGCGGAGAUGUCUAUAGGUCGGGCAUUGUUUCCCGGAUCGAAUAAUGAGGACCAAUUGCAGAAGAUUUUCAAGGUCAUGGGAACCCCGUGUGAGACGUCGUGGAGGGGGGUGUCGAGGUUGCCUGAGUAUCGCGCGGAUUUCCCACUGUAUGUGGAACAGGACUUGUGGGGAUUGAUGCCUAGGAUGGAAGAAAGGGGGAUGGGACUUGUCAGGGCGAUGUUGAGGUUACAGCCUGAGAUGAGGAUUAGUGCUGUGGAUGCGUUGAAUUAUUCUUGGUUUACUGGUGGUCAGCUCUGUAAUGAGGAGGUGCGUGCUAUCUUCUCAGGGCGGCUGAGGGACAGGGUGGCUGGUGAUGGGGUUGUCUGAUGGGGUGUUGUUCGGUCAUGCUAGGGGGUGGUGCAGGUGAAACUAAAGCGGGGGAUCUUCAACUCCAGGGUAAUUUGCAAGGGAGGGAGCUAAAUCAUUGGGGAAAGGAGAACUUGGGGUCAGGAGGCAGGAAGCAGGAGUAACUGGGAGCUAGGUCGUGGACUUGCGAGUCUUCGAGAUCGGUAAUUAAAUUUUUCUAACAUCAAGAGGCUACUUAAUGCGAC